CGCAAGGCAGUUAACCGAAAGCGUCUAUUCCAUCAAAACCCCUUGAACUAUUUAAAGCCGUGAGACACGACCUUGACACUAUUUAAACUGCGUCCAGAAAUGCAUGUUGAGUUGAUGAAUCUGGAGAACGCUGGUCUUCAAGACCGUGUUAUAGAUCUGGAGAAACGAAGUGCUGAACAAGCUAAUGAACUAGCAUGUUUAAGAAGCUCGUUAGCUGAUUGUUUACGUCGUUUGAAUCUUUUAGAAAAUGCUAGAGGCUCAACUACAGGUAAAAAUAAUUCACGUGGUGAAUCAUACUCAAGAAGACGUGGGAAUUCUCGAAAUCCUACUGUAAAUUCACGUGAUAGUUCACUAGCAGUUCCACAUUCAUCAACUAUAUCAAAAACUCGUUUAAAAAGUCCUCAAAGCAAUCGACUUAGUUCAUCGUCGACUGCUUUAAAUAAUCAAAAUUCUGGAGGUGGACCUCAAGUCAGACGAAAUCGGAUUACUAGUGCUAGUUCAGAGGAUAGGCGAUAUAUAAUGACCAAUAAACACGAACGUGAAACUAAAGCUCUUUCCAUGUACGAAGGUAAUGGUAUGUUGGUUUCCAGACAGACUGAACUUGUUACCUGCCCACAAAAAUCAUCAACUCUGAAGUCAAAUGCAUCAUCACGAUAUUAUGAAGCUUCAACUGGACCAUCUGGUUACACGGUGUUUUGGCGAUCAACCUGUGAUGGUGAUCUGGCUGAUAUGUGCCGAAUCAAUCAAUGUCAAAGCCCUCCAGGCCAACAACCUUCUUCUAUGUAUUCUUCAUUUCGGAAGACGCAUACAGUAGUGCCACCAUUGCCUCCUGCUCUUCCUCCUUCAUCUCUGUGUUUACCUCCUAAUCUUGUACGACGUGGUCGUCCUUCAUCUGGACCAUCUUCAGCAUACUACGGUACUGAUUCCGAUGAUCGUUCUGUACACCUAACAUCUACUGGUCGGUCAUCACUUCAUCCGACUGCCUGGAAACCUGGUGGAAUAGCAAUAUGUCCUACAAAUCGUGAUACUGUUAUAUCAAUAAACAAACAUUCUUCAGUUUCCAGAUCUCAUGAUGACGACUCUAAAGAAACUACUUAUAUGCCAGGUGAUGGGAUUUUGCGAUUCUAUAUCCGUGGACGUCCAGUCAACGUUUAUUUGCCUACCCAAGUCAUGACAGAUUAUGAUUUGUCAAUUCCAUUGAAAGCUCCCGAUAUGACUUUAAAGUUGGAAUGGAUUUAUGGUUAUCGUGGACGUGAUUGUCGAAAUAAUUUGCACUAUCUACCAACUGGAGAACUGAUUUACUUUGUUGCAGCAACUGUAGUUCUAUACAACAUUGAAGAACAAUGUCAACGACAUUAUUUAGAGCAUACGGAUGAUGUUAAAUGCAUUGCUAUUCACCCUGAUCGUAUUACUGUUGCUACUGGUCAGUCUGCAGGACAUGAUAAACAAUUUGGAAAGCCGCAUGUAAGAAUUUGGAGUUCUGUGGAUUUGAAAACACUUAAAAUUAUUGGUUUAGGUGAAUUCGAACGUUCAGUGUGUUGUCUAUCCUUUUCUAAAACAGAUAAUGGAGCUAAACUAUGUGCAGUCGAUGAAGGUCAAGAUCAUGUCAUAUCAAUAUGGGAAUGGCAGAAAAGUCGUAAAAUUACGGAAACUAAAUGUUCAACAGAACCAAUAACUGCCAGCGAAUUCCAUCCAUUAGAUGAUGCCACCUUAGUCACUUGUGGUAAAGGUCAUUUGGCAUUUUGGACAUUCGAUGGAUGUACUUUAAGCAAGAAAAUGGGGAUUUUUGAGAGUGGUAAACAACCAAUUGAAAAGCCGAAAUUUAUACUGUGCCUAACAUUUGCUGAAAAUGGUGAUCUGCUGACUGGUGAUUCAGCUGGAAAUAUUAUCGCUUGGAAACGCGGUACCAAUACAAUUAAUCAAAUAUGCCAAGGAGUACAUGAAGGCGGCAUAUUUUCACUUAGUCUCACAAACAAUGGUCACCUUAUAUCGGGUGGUGGGAAAGAUCGUCGUUUGGUAUUCUUUGAUGCGGCUCUAAAUCCUACUGGUCAAACUCAAGAGUUACCUGAACUGUAUGGCGCAGUGAGAACUAUAACUCAAGGUCCAGGAGAACUACUAAUCAUUGGGACUACUAAGAAUAUGAUAUUACAGGCUGGUCCUGGUAUGGAGAUGAGUUCAUUGAUGUUUGGUCAUUCAGAAGAGUUCUGGGGGCUAGCCAACCAUCCACAAGCUCAUCAAUUUUUAACUGGUGGUCGUGAUCAUUUAGUAGUUUUAUGGGAUUCCUUAUCAAAACAAGCUAUUUGGUCAAAAGAAUUCAAUGAUGCUAUACAUUGUGCUUCAUUCUAUCCUCUUUUACCAAUGAUAAAUGGGACUGUUAGCCCAGUCAAUGGAAAUAUUGAAGAAGCGGAUAAUUUAGAUUUCAAUACAUCAAUGAUGAACUCUCAUGAUCUUUUGGUGGCUUUAGGCACUAGUACAGGACGUUGGUUGAUUUUAAAUUGCCUUAAACAAGAAAUAAUAGCUGCACAUUCUGAUGGCCUUGGUGAACAAAUUGAAUGUGUUGCCUACUCACCAGAUGGAAACUAUUUAGCUCUUGGUUCACGUGAUAAUGUUAUCUAUGUGUAUAACGUACUAGAUCAUGGUUAUAAGUAUAAUCGUGUUGGACGAUGUUGUGGUCAUACAAGUUUUGUUCUACACAUUGAUUGGUCUGUAGAUAGUCGAUUUCUACGAUCUGUUUCUGGAGAUUAUGAAAUACUGUUUUGGACUGCAUUCGACUGUAGACAAGUUGUUUCACCUAGUUCCCUACGUGAUUUAGAAUGGGCUAGUCAAACAUGUACACUUGGUUGGGAAGUGGCAGGUAUAUGGCCACCUGAUUCUGAUGGGACUGAUAUCAAUACUUGUGCUCGUAGUCCAGUUGCUGAUAUUCUAGCCACUGGUGAUGAUUAUGGCAAAGUUAAACUUUUCACUUAUCCUACUAAUAAACCUAAGGCAGAAUUUCGUUCUUAUAAUGGUCAUUCAAGUCAUGUGACAAAUGUCACAUUCUUAUACGACGGAUCUAGAUUAAUAUCAACUGGAGGCAAAGAUACCGCUGUAUUACAAUGGGAAGUAUGCAUUUGAUGAACUAGUAUAGACUAUACUCUUCAUUCAUAGUAUUAAUAAUAAUAAUAUUAUUAUUAUCACUGUGAUAUUUCUCUGUACGGUUUUGGUUUAUUUAUCAUGUAGCCUAUGUGUGUGUGUAUACUGAAUGCUAUGCAGUGUUGUUAAUCAGGAUUGUUGGCUUGUUCCAGUUGAUCACUGUAUGUUCUAUUAUUUUCAAAGGCUUUAAGAUUUUAUAUGUGCAAUAAUUUUUUGAUUUAUUCAAUUCAAUUAUGCUUAUUUCAUCAGUAUCAAUGUUAAAUGAGAUGAAUGUGUUCUUCCUCUCUCCCCUCCCCCCCCCUCGUCUCUUAUUACUUUUCACUUUGGGUUGCAUUGAUGAAUAUAUACCCUGGAAACGUAUAUCUGUGUCAUUCUUUAUUUUUGUGUUAUUCCAACGAGAAAAUAUAUGAUAACAUCUCAUAAAUACUACUGAUAUGUUGUUUAUUUAUAUAUUCGUCCACUUGUUUAAUUGAUUGACUGACUUUGUCGACUUACCUCAUUUAUUUUCAUCAUUUUCUUGUAUUGCUUACUUUGAAUUUGAGAUUCAACUGAUUUUAUUUAUUAUUCUGUUGUUGUGGUUGUUUAUUGUUCUGAGAAAUAAUUUUUUAAAAAAAAACUUUUAACUUGAAAAUAUUGAACAGAGGAAAAGUGGUAAUCAGAGAGAACGAGAGCCUGAAACAGAACAAUAUCUACUUCUGUUUCCCUUAGAAUAGUUUAUAUUCCUCUUCUCAACAACAAAUACAAUAAUAGAAAACAAGGUGUAAUUUGUUAAAGACGAUAGAAAUACAUACUACUUAUUUAUUGUUGGUGCUAGUAGUAAUAGUAGUGGUGCAUAUGCUGUGUUUACCUCUUCUGUUUUAUUCUCAAAGGUGAUGUCGUGUGUGUGUGUGUGCGCGCGUAUUCCUCAUUCUGAUUCACCUUUUGUCGGCACAAAAAGCGUCACAAAGAGCCCAUUAUAUCUUUCUAUAAAAAGGUAUGCUCACGUAUAUUAUUAUGGUUUUUGUUAUUGAAUACAUAAACUCGACAGCCAGCCUACUGUCUGUUCAUAUUUCAAUGGAUUAUAUAUUCAUGAAAUGUUCUGUUUACUUAUUCCUUCCGUUGAUGUUUUCUUUUUUUUCAAAUUAUGUUGAUGAUUGUGUUGUGUGUAGAUUCCAUCGCCUUUUUUUUCUUCUAGCUGUUAUCACUAAUUUGAUUAUGAAGUGACAAGCAAUAUCUUCUUGUGUGUGUGUGUGUGUGUGUGUGUGUGUUCCAGAGCAGUACUCACUAUAUUCAUUUAGCUGAUUGAUAAUAUUACAACUGAAGUAAAUUGCAUAGAUAUUUAUUUCAGUUUUUUUCUUCCGAAUACUUAUGAAUUUAGGUAUAUCUAGUUACUGUUAUUAUUUACUGAAAUACUCAUUCCAUCAUUCAUUUUCUCUCAAGGUUAUUUACAGUUGGGUACUCUUCUUCUUUUUUUUCUUCUUCUGUCUCUUGUUUUAUUCAUUUAUUCUAUUCAUACUAUAAAGGUGAUUAUAUAUUUGCCUUAUUCACUGGAUGCUUUCAUUUCUUUGAUUUAGUUUUACACACACACAUACACAAAUUUGUGAAAUAUCAAUUUAUCAGUAAUGAAAUAAAUUCUUUCUUCUC